AUGGCGAAGAGAAGUCUUUUGGAGGAGUUGGCCACGCUAGAGAAGCCCGACGACUUUGACAUCGAAGAUGACGAGCGUCGGGACGCCUUUGACUCCGAUGACGGCUCCGAUAAGGAGGCCGACGUCGCCAACGACCACUACGUCCUGGUGGGUAAGUCGAAGCUUCGCAAUAAUGCUCCCGUGUUAGGGGGUAAAUACGGCGGUGAAAAGGGAAGUCGUAAGGAUUUCGAGCAAGAAGAGUUCAGCGAACCGGAAAUGGACGACGAAGAAGUCACCCCUGAUGAGGAACUGGGGUCUGAGUCCGACUCGGGAGCGUCGUUGCGGGCGAACUCCGACUCCGAAGAUGACGACGAAGCUGGCAGUGACGACGACGAUGAAGACGAUGUGAUGAACCGAGACUCUGAGGACCUCCAAUAUAAGCGGAAACAGCUUUUGGGGUUGAUGGCUCAGGAAAGAAAGCAUAUCGUCAACAAGCUUUCCGAGAACGCCAUGAACGAUGCCCUUAAAGGGUACGCCAUCCAAUCGCAACACCUGGUGUUUGACAAGAUUAUUGACGGCAGACUCAAACUCCAGAAAGCGAUCCAGCUUGCCAACCAGCUCCCGUUUGACCAAGAAGUUGCGCAGCACGAAAAGUUGGUCACCAAGAAAACCUCCAAAUACCUCGACCAGGCUCGUGAACUGUGCUUCAACAUUUUGGACACGGUGUUUGCGUUGAGAAACCAAUUGACCGAGGCCGACAAGUCCGGGGAACCUGUCGCUUUGCCCAAGAAACGCACUUACGAAGACUACAACAAUACCGCCAAGGAGAUGGACGACACCCUCAACCAGUACCGGGCCGACGUCCUCACCAAGUGGUCGGCUAAGGUCCAGAACUCGCAAGGUCUGCUGGCAAUCAACCAAGCGAAGUUCAAGCUGAUCAAUCAGUCGUACGAACAGCAAGUGCAGAAUAACCUCGGUGACAUGGCCCGUCUCAUGAAGCGGACGCGCACCAACCGACGUCACACCACUCCGUUGGGCUUGGACUACUACAUGAAGACCCGAGGCGGCAACGACGAAGUGGAAGAGGAAGACGAAGAGGAAGAGAACCCCGAUAUCCCCAAACAGGUGAAGCAGCGGGACCAGAGCGAGAUCGCCGGUAUAUUUGACGACGAGGACUUCUACCGGGUGCUUCUCAAUGAUCUUGUCGACAAGAAGCUCCAGUCACAGAACCCGACGCUGGGGCUCACCAUCGUUCGAACAGCACAAAAGGCACAGAAGCUGAAUAAGAACGUCGACCGCGCCGCGCAGAAGGACCGUAAGUUGCGGUAUAACAUCCACGAGAAGAUCGCCAACUUCGAGGCGCCCAUCAACGGGUGGAAGUGGGACGACCAGCAGAUAGACGAGUUCUUCGCCGGGUUGCUUGGGCAGAAGGUGAACAUGAACGAGGACGAGGCGAAGGACGACGACGACGCCGAGGCAGAGGAGGUGGAGAUGAAGCUCAGUGACGAUUCGAUCAAGUUGUUCGGGUAA